GACAUGCGGGUGAACGAAUCUGAGUGACCAAGAAAAGUUAGACGAAUUCCUCUCUCAGUGAUUCUUAGCCUCUCUUGGCUACAUCAACCUGUAGAAUAAUCUGUUGAAAACUAUGCCUUCUUAGAAAAGAAGCGUUACUCACUCUUCCAUCAUCAUUUGUGUUCAAUUCUUAUGACUUAAAAAGACCAGGAAACGUGGUUAUCAGGGGUGUCAGUGAGAAGGGCACUCUGCCCAGUUACAGAAUCCAGGUUAAGGGCCGCUUCCAGUCCCAGGCCACAGCCCAUCAUUCGCUUCUUCCCUUUCCUAAGGGGAUCCCCGGGCUGGGCCACAGUCUCUCCAUUUCAGUGGACAACCAAGUGUCCCCUUUUCACAGAUCAGGGAUGAGCCGCGAACCAGCGCGGCUGGGGGACUGAAAACCAGUCGGCUAGAGUCGUGGUCUACUUGCCAAGCCGUGGUCCAGUCACUCUGCACUUGAACUUGGCAGGAGAGGAGGCAGGAGUCUUCAGGCUUCCUAGGCGCUUGCGCCUCUACUGAUCGUCUGUUCUCAGGCACCUCCUUUCCAGCCUAAGAACAUGCGGGGCAGAUGCCUAGGAGGAGAAACUCGACCUUACCCAGAGGGAGGAUGGACGGGUCGGCUUCUUUUUCUCUCUGGAGGCUCGCGCUCUCCCCUGAUCUCCGGGUCUGAAUGCUCUGCUCCAUCCACCCCACCUCAGGGUCAAGGAUCGGGCCGGAGGACGCGAUGCCGCGCAUCGUGGAACAGCCGCCAGACCUGCUGGUCUCCCGAGGCGAGCCGGCCACGCUGCCCUGCCGCGCAGAGGGCAGGCCCCGGCCCAACAUCGAGUGGUACAAGAAUGGGGCGCGCGUGGCCACGGCGCGCGAAGACCCGCGCGCCCACCGCCUGCUGCUGCCCAGCGGCGCCCUCUUCUUCCCGCGCAUCGUGCACGGGCGCCGCGCGCGGCCAGACGAGGGUGUCUACACUUGCGUGGCGCGUAACUACCUGGGGGCAGCGGCUAGUAGAAACGCCUCUUUAGAAGUGGCAGUCCUCCGCGAUGAUUUCCGGCAGUCUCCUGGGAACGCGGUGGUGGCAGUGGGGGAGCCAGCCGUAAUGGAAUGCGUGCCCCCCCGCGGCCACCCAGAGCCUUCGGUGUCCUGGAAGAAGGAUGGUGUUAGACUCAAGGAGGAGGAGGGGAGGAUCACGAUCCGUGGAGGGAAGCUGAUGAUGUCACAUACUUUCAAAAGCGAUGCAGGGAUGUAUGUGUGCGUGGCCUCCAACAUGGCAGGAGAACGGGAGAGUGGGGCAGCCAAACUUGUGGUCCUGGAGCGUCCCUCCUUCCUGCGUAGACCAGUCAAUCAGGUGGUCCUGGCUGGUGCCCCCGUGGACUUUCCGUGUGAGGUGCAGGGGGAUCCCCCUCCUCGUCUACGCUGGCGCAAGGAGGAUGGGGAACUGCCCGCAGGCAGGUACGAGAUCCAGAGCGACAACAGCCUUCAGAUUGGGCGUGUGAGUGCUGAAGAUGAGGGGACAUACACCUGUGUGGCGGAGAACAGCGUGGGCCGCGCUGAAGCGUCUGGCUCCCUCAUUGUUCACGUCCCACCCCAGCUGGUGACCCAACCCCAGGACCAGAUGGCAGCUCCUGGAGACAGUGUGGCUUUCCAGUGCGAGACCAAAGGCAACCCCCCGCCUGCCAUCUUCUGGCAGAAGGAGGGAAGUCAAGCUCUGCUAUUCCCCAGUCAGUCGCUUCAGCCCACGGGGCGCUUCUCAGUCUCUCCCAGAGGCCAGCUCAACAUCACUGAAGUGCAGAGCAGGGAUGCAGGCUACUAUGUGUGCCAGGCUGUCAGUGUGGCUGGCAGCAUCCUGGCCAAGGCUCUGCUGGAGGUAAAAGGAGCUUCCCUGGAAGGACUGCCUCCCAUCAUCCUCCAGGGACCAACCAACCAGACACUGGCACUGGGCUCCUCCGUGUGGCUGCCAUGCAGAGUGAGCGGGAAUCCCCAGCCUAGUGUCCAGUGGAAGAAGGAUGGGCAGUGGCUGCAAGGGGAUGACAUCCAACUCAGUGUAAUGGCCAAUGGUACCCUGUACAUCGCCAGCGUGCAGGAGGGGCACAUGGGAUUCUACAGCUGUGUGGCCAAGAGCUCCACAGGGGAGGCCGCCUGGAAUUAUCUCCUCACUGCAGAAGACUGGGGAGCAACACCAGACCCCCCUGCAGAACCCAGUACCCCUCCAGGACCUCCCUCGCAGCCUGUGGUCACAGAGAUCACCAAGAACAGCAUUACUCUGACCUGGAAGCCCAACCCACAAGCUGGGGCCACAGCCACCUCGUAUGUGAUAGAGGCCUUCAGCCAAGCCGCUGGUAACACGUGGCGGACAGUGGCGGAUGGCGUGCAGCUGGAGACACACACGGUCAGCGGUCUGCAGCCCAGUACGAUCUACCUAUUCCUCGUGCGAGCCGUGGGAGCCUGGGGCCUCAGUGAGCCCAGCCCUGUCUCUGAGCCCGUCCGCACCCAGGAGGCCCUUGCUGAGUGGACUGUUUGGUCAGCAGACAGCAGCCCAUCCAGGCCAGUGGAGGACCCAUGGAAAGGCCAGCAGGGACUGGCCGAAGUGUCUGUGCGUCUGGAGGAGCCUGUAGUCCUUGGGCCUCGGACCCUGCAGGUGUCCUGGACUGUAGAUGGCCCAAUCCAGCUGGUGCAAGGUUUCCGGGUGUCUUGGAGGGUAGCAGGACCUGAUGGGGGAAGCUGGUCGGUGCUGGACCUACCAUAUCCAAGCCAGCAAAGUACAGUGCUAAGGGGACUCCCCCCAGGGACCCAAGUCCAGAUCAAGGUGCAAGCUCAAGGCCAGGAGGAGCUGGGGGCUGAAAGCCCCUUGGUGACCAGGAGCAUUCCUGAGGAGGCAAGGUUGGGGCUGGAGGGGCAGCUUGCAAUGACUGUCUGUGUCCUUCUCACCAUGCUCCACCCUGGCCCAGCCCCCAGUGGUCCCCCCCAGGGAGUGGCCGUGGCCUUGGGGGGUGAAGGCAACAGCAGUAUCACUGUGUCCUGGGAACCUCCGCUCCCCUCGCAGCAAAAUGGGGUCAUCGAGGAAUACCAGAUCUGGUGCCUGGGCAACGAGAGCCGCUUUCAUCUCAACCGGUCCGCGGCCGGCUGGGCGCGCUCGGCGGUGCUGCGGGGCCUGCUGCCCGGUCUCCUCUACCGGACCCAGGUCGCGGCGGCUACCAGCGCGGGCGUGGGCGUGGCCAGCGCCCCGGUGUCGGUGCAGCUGCGUGAGUCUGGAGCGGCGUCCCCGCCGGAGCUGGAGCCUGGGCUCGAGGCGGGCCCGGGGCUGGCGGAGCGGCUGGCGAGAGUGCUGCGGGAGCCGGCCUUCCUCGCGGGCAGCGGCGCCGCCUGCGGGGCGCUGCUCCUCGGGCUCUGCGCCGCCCUCUACCGGCGCCGGAGGCAGCGCAAGGAGCUCAGUCACUACACCGCCUCCUUUGCCUACACACCUGCAGUGUCAUUCCCACAUUCAGAGGGCCUGUCGGCGGCCAGUUCCAGGCCACCAAUGGGCCUUGGCCCUGCUCCCUACCCGUGGCUGGCAGACUCAUGGCCUCACUCAUCUCGGAGCCCCUCAGCCCAGGACCCCAGGGGAAGCUGCUGCCCGAGCAAUCCUGACCCGGAUGACAGAUACUACAAUGAAGCAGGGAUCUCCCUUUACCUGGCUCAGACGGCCCGGGGCACAGCCGCCUCUGCUGAGGGUCCUGUCUACAGCACCAUUGACCCGGCUGGAGAGGAGCUGCAGACCUUCCACGGGGGGUUCCCCCCACAUCCCUCAGGAGAUCCAGGCACCUGGAGCCCGUAUGCUCCCCCAGAAUGGAGCCAGGGGGACAGUGGAGCCAGGGGAGGCAAAGUGAAGCUUCUGGGAAAGCCUGUACAGAUGCCCUCUCUCAACUGGCCAGAAGCCCUGCCUCCCCCGCCCCCUUCCUGUGAACUGAGCUGCCUAGAGGGGCCUGAGGAGGAGCUGGAGGGCAGCUCAGACCCAGAAGAGUGGUGCCCACCGAUGCCUGAGAGGAGCCAUGCGGCAGAGCCCAGCUCCAGUGGGGGUUGCUUGGUCCCUCCGUCCCGAGGAGAAACCCCCUCUCCCACACCUUCCUAUGGGCAGCAGUCCACAGCCACUCUCACCCCUUCACCUCCUGACCCUCCCCAGCCCCCCACUGACCUUCCCCAUCUCCACCAGAUGCCCAGGAGGGUGCCCCUCGGGCCCAGCUCCCCUCUUAGUGUCUCCCAGCCCACCCUGAGUAGCCACGAAGGGAGGCCCGCCGGCCUGGGUGCUGGCCCCUCUGGCCUCCAUCACAGCCCCAGCCCCGUCCCUGCUACAGCCGGCAGUGCCCCCGGGAGAGCCCGGCCGGUGCCUGGAGAGCUGACUCCUCCAUUGCACGGGCCCCGCACCCGAAUCCGGAAGAAACCCAAGGCUUUUCCCUACAGGCGGGAGCACAGUCCGGGAGACCUGCCCCCACCACCCCUGCCACCACCGGAGGAAGAGGCCAGCUGGGCCUUGGGGCUGAGAGCAGCAGGCAGCAUGUCCUCCUUGGAACGGGAGCGGGAGCACAGUGGGGAGAGGAGACUGGUGCAGGCCACGCCCCUGGGGGCCCAGCGGCGCCCCCACCCAGAUGAAGAAGCCUGGCUCCCCUACAGCCGACCGAGCUUCCUGUCCCGGGGCCAGGGCACAAGCACCUGUUCCACAGCCGGCAGCAACUCCUCCAGAGGCUCCGGCAGCUCUCGGGGAUCCCGGGGCCCUGGAUGGAGUCGGAGCCGGAGCCGGAGUCAGAGCCAAAGGCCGGGACAGAAGCGUGGAGAGGAACCAAGAUGACCUUUGACAAUAAGCCAGAAGUUCCAUGGGGAAGGGCUUGUCCCUGGGCCAGGAAUCUGAAUGUGAGCCCCUCCCCCUGGUGAAUGAGGGCUGAGCAGAGAGGAGCGAGGAGGGGUCUCCUCCUCCUCACGAUGAUGCCUGGGACUCCCUGAGGAAUUGGCUUAGAAGCCAGAGAGCCAGAUCUUUCCUGGCCAUCUGAGACCCUUUCAUAAAAAAAAAAACACAAUAAAAAAAACAGAUCA